AUGGCUGAGUUACUGGAGAGGUUUGGCUGCACCCACGUCGUGGUCCGGGGAAUCCCUUCGUCUCUGGCCACAGAAGCGCUCCGCAUGUCCCCGGCGGAGGUGGACCUGCAGAAGGCGCGCCAGGAGCAUGCGGAGUAUGUGGAGGUCAUGAGGAGCAAACUGGGGCUGGAGGUGAUCGAGCUGCCCUCGGACGAGGCGAUGCCGGACUGUGUGUUUGUGGAGGACGCCGCCGUGGUGUGUGGGGCCACCGCGCUCAUCACCAGACCCGGAUCAGAGAGCAGGAGGCCAGAGACAAAGGCGAUGAAGGAGGCCCUGAAGAAGCUGGGUCUGACCAUAGUCGAGAUGACGGAUGAAAACGCCACACUGGACGGAGGGGACGUGCUGUUCACCGGUCAAGAGUUCUUUGUGGGCCUAUCCAAGCGGACCAAUCAGAAAGGAGCUGAAAUUUUAGCUGACGCUUUUAAGGACUAUGCUGUGUCCACUGUUGCAGUGGAAGAGGGCUUGCACCUAAAGAGCUUCUGCAGCAUGGGGGGACCAGGCCUUAUUCUGAUCGGCUCCAGUGACCAUGCCCAAAAAGCCCUCAAAAUAAUGCAACAAAUGAGUGACCACCGCUACGACAAGCUGACCGUGCCUGACGACCUGGCCGCCAACUGCAUCUACAUGAACCUGCCCGAUAAAGGCCACGUGCUGCUCCACUCCACUGCAGACAUGUUUCCAGAGAGUGUCAAGGUGCUUGAGAAGUUGAAGGACUACACGCUGAUUCCUGUGUCUAACUUGGAGAAGAUGAAAGUGGAUGGAGCGCUCACAUGCUGCUCGGUGCUCAUAAACAAGAAGGCCGACAUCUGA